AUGUAUCAUUCUCCUUCUCAUCGGAAAAAUUCUGCAAGGAUUGCCCGCUUGCCUCCCGGGCCAACACCGCUACCAUUGGUUGGAAAUCUUCUCGACAUUCCCACUGCGCAACUCGGCUCUAAGUUGCGCAGCAUAAGUGUUAAAUAUGGGGACGUUGUCUACCUUUCUGCCCUUGGCCAACGUAUCAUCCUGCUCGGCUCAUAUGAGGCCGCGAGCGCGCUCCUAGAUAAUCGCUCCACUUCUACGUCAGACAGGCAGGGUUUAGUGAUGGCAGAUCUGGUUGGGUUCUCUGACUGGGAAUUCACGUUAUUCGAACACACUCCGGAGUGGCGACGGCACAGGAGGCAGUUCCACCAGCUGUUUCACAAAGGCGUGGUAGCCGACUAUCAUCCUGCCCAGCGCGAGCAUGCUCAGAGACUUGUUCAAAGACUGAUCCAAGAUCCUGACCAUUUCAUCUCGCAUAUCCGCCACUACUUUGGGGCCUCCAUCAUGCAGGUCGUGUAUGGCCUCAAAGUCGCUGAGCAGGAUGACAAGUAUAUUGCCAUAGCAGAGAAGUGUGUGGAGAUCUUCACUGAUAUCGCAGUUCCCGGGCGUUAUCUUGUCGAGGCGUUCCCGUUCCUUCGAUAUAUUCCCUCGUGGUUGCCAGGAGCAAAGUUCAAGCGGGAUGCUGCCAGGUGGAAGGAGAGUGUCAAGGACCUUCGUGAUGUCCCAUAUCAGGCAGCCAAACGCGACAUCGAUUCGGGCAAGGCUUCCCCUUCAAUCGUAAUGCGGAUCCUUGAAGAAGCCCAAGGGUCUUACGACAGCAACAGCAGCGCUGAGGUUGAGGAGCUUUGCCAGAAUAUCAGUGCACUCGCAUACCUGAACACUACGUUCUCAUCCGUACAAGCCUUUUUCCUCGCAAUGGCUAAAUACCCCCAUAUUCGGCGCAAGGCACAGGCUGAGCUCGAUGCCGUCGUCGGAUCUCGCAGACUCCCUGACCUUUCCGAUCGCCUUGCUCUUCCUUAUGUCAACGCGAUAGUGAAGGAGUGUUUCAGAUGGCUCAUUGUCACCCCUAUCGGGUUCCCUCACAAGACAUCAGAAGAUGAAGAGCUCAAUGGCUAUCUCAUACCCAAGGGUUCCACCCUGAUUCCCAAUUUAUGGGCAAUGUCGCGCGACCCUAACAUGUACUCAGACCCCGAAGAAUUCGUCCCAGAGCGGUUCCUCGAUCCACGCGUUCGGGACCCUAUGAAGUUCGCGUUCGGAUUCGGGAGACGGAUCUGCCCUGGUCGGCACUUCGCAGAUCAAGCAUUAUUCAUCAUCGUCGCAGUCGUGUUGCACACGCUCGACAUCCAGCCUCCACUCGAUGAUACAGGGAACCCGAUUGAACCGGAAGCCCGCUACUCAACGGAUAUGGUCACCUCAUAUCCCGAGCCGUUCAAGUGCAGGAUCACACCGCGCCCUGGGCGCGCGGAGCUAGUCGCCUCCGAGCAAGAGUAG